UCGCGUUUCGGUAAGUACGUCCUCCGUAUUUGUUAAAAAGUGUGUGAAAUUUGGCUGUGUGAUAUAAAAGGGUAACCACACUGUUGCCACUGUGUGUCUUGUGCUCUUUUUUAUAAAUAUAUUCAUGCACUUAUGCCAGUGCAGCUUGGCUGUGAGUUGCAUUUUCAGUCUGUAAAAAAAAAAAAAAAAAGUUAUCAAUCAACAGGGGCUCAUCCAUCCAUCCAUCUCCGCUUUUUUCGUGGUAAACAGCUCCAGCUGAAUGUCACAGGCCCGGUGAGAGGCCAUUAGCAUGCCUCUUGCCCUACCUGCGGCGGUUUCUAUAGAAACGCGCAAGAGUGGAAGAAGUUGUCGCGCUCACCUUUGAGCUUUGGUAAACAACAGGACGUUCCCUGGUGAAUGGACUACGGUGUGGUGCACUUAGUCACGGCUCCGGAGUCUGCCGGUGAUAACAGAUGCUCAUCUGCUGGCCAAAGAAUAUUUAACUUUUGAGAUAGUGAGAGGCUGUUUGGUUGGGUAGACGUACCUUUAGGCUGGGUGGGUAGCUGAGAUAAGAGUGGGCAUGUUCUUGAACACGGCUUCCCCCCGGAGGUCGUUUAGCAUCCCCAUUACCAUCAACCUGCAUGGUGCUCGCAGGCGGCAGACACGACAUUCUGAGUUUUUUCCCACACCGAUAACGCCCGAGCAGCAGUGGAACAGAGGAGCGGCCGGACGCGGGGGCCAGGUAGCUCGAACCCAGAUGCCGGCUUCCAGCGUGGGCGAAGAUCGAGCCAUCCUGCUGGGCUUCGCCAUGAUGGCCUUCUCCGUGCUCAUGUUCUUUGUGGUUGGCAUAACCACUGUCAAGCCCUAUCUCAAUAGUUUUUGGGAGAAGGAGGCCGGCUGUGUGCUGAAGCAGACUGAGAUCCUGGACCAGUGGGUGGACUGCAGAGGUGUGAGCACGGCGCCCUGCCUGCUGGUGACAGUGAACCUCAACGGCUCUGAGCAGGGAGCUUUUCUCCACUUUGACGAAGAGUCUGUCCUCCUCGCCAGCGAGUGUUUUUACAUACCCAAGUGCCAAAUGGAUCAAGAAACUCUGCAAGACGAAGUGCAGCAAGUGAAAAGCGUCUUGGACGAGCACCUGGGGAGGACCUCUGCCUGCCUCGGCGACCGCGUGAGGCACGCCAACCACGUCAUCCUAAACAGGAAGUACACUUUCAGGAGGGCCCUGUUUGGACUGUUGUGGCCCUGCUUGAUGCUCGCGGGCGGGGCCCUGCUGGUCGGCCUUGUGAAGCUGACACAGUACUUGGCCCAAAUGUCCACUGAGAUGGGCGGCGACGCGUCCGGAGGAAAGCUGACUUCACGAUACGCUCAGGGGAAACUGUAUAAACUUCUACGGAGAUCCAGCAUUUAUUCUCCCUCGUGAUGUAAGCAACAACGUGCCAAAAACAAAGUUUGUAGUCAUAAAAUUCACACAUGAUGAAGCUGGAAUGUAUGAAUAUUUUUACUCAAAGCAGCUUUGAAAUAAAACA